AUGGAUGCUCUCACUGAUCCAUUUCCUUUUGACCUAUUUAAUGUAUAUUCUCUAGUCAUGAUUGCUCUUUCAGAAAAUCACAUGUCAGGAGCUCUACCCAUGGAUCUUUGCAGCAACUAUCCUGAUCUUCAACAAGUUUAUCUCUCAGGAAACAAAGCAAAGACUAUUGAACAUAUGGAUUUAUCACGAAACCAGAUUACUGGUAACAUUCCAAGCAUCAUUGGAGCAUUCGAAAGCUUGCGAUAUCUUGACUUGUCGAAUAAUUCAUUUCAAGGAGCCAUUUCAAAAUCUCUUGGAGACUUGAAAGGUUUAGAUGUCUUAAAUCUCUCCUAUAAUAAUCCCUCCGGACCAAUUCCCAAGUCCUUUGAGGCACUUUCAUUUCUUAGAAUAAACAUUAUGCUCGAUGUUGCAUUGGCAUUGGACUACCUUCCCAACGGUCAAUCAGACCCUGUGGUGCACUAUGAUUUGAAGCCUAGUAAUAUCCUUUUGGGGGAGGAGAUGGUUGCACGUGUAGGUGACUUUGGCAUUGCAAAGAUUCUAGCCCAACACGUAGACGCAGCACAAACAAGAACUCUUGGUACGCUUGGCUAUAUUGCACCAGGAAAAGUGUCCAUCAAAGCCGAUGUUUAUAGUUAUGGCAUAAUAUUGUUAGAGAUGAUCACAAUGAAGAAACCCACGGAUGACAUGUUUGCUGAAGAAUUGAUUUUGAAGAAGUGGGUAAAUGCAUCAUUUCCAAUCAAAAUGACAGAAGUUGUGGAUGAUGGUUUGUUAAAGAUAGAAGGAGGAAGAGACACGAUUGCCUUGCAAAGCAUAUUUUCGUCUCUCGUGGAAUUGGGCUUGAGGUGUUCUGAAGAGUUACCAAAUGAAAGAAUGAUAUCAAAGAUGUGGUUAUCAAGCUUAACAAAAUCAAAUUGA